AUGCAGCCGCAGCUACAGGCGCAGUUGCUGCAGCGCCAGCAGCAGCAGCAGCAGCAGCAGCAGCAGCAGCAGCAGCAGCAGCAGCAGCAACAGCCGCAGGAUCAGCGGCGGCAACAGCCGUUACACCAGCAGCUGCAGCAGCAUCAUCCGCAGCAACAGCAGCCGCAACAUCAUCAGCAGCAGCAGCCGCAGCAGCAGCAGCAGCAGCAACAGCAACACCAGCAGCAACAGCAGCAGCAGCAGCAGCAGCAACAGCAGCAGCAACAACAGCAGCAGCAGCAGCAGCAGCAGCAGCAGCAACAACAGCAGCAGCAACAACAGCAGCAACAGCAGCAGCAGCAGCAGGGCGGUAAACUGACAACAAACGACGCAUUGGCGUAUCUGAAGGCUGUGAAGGAACGGUUUCGAGACGAGAAGGACAAAUACGAUGAGUUCCUCGAUGUCAUGAAGAACUUUAAGGCGCAGCUGAUCGACACAGCGGGAGUGAUAGCGCGCGUGAAGGAGCUCUUUGUGGGGCACAGGCAGCUCAUUCUCGGAUUCAACACCUUCCUGCCCAAGGGCUACGAAAUCACCCUUCCACCCGAACCCACCACUCCAGUCCCCGCCCCCGCGCCCGCACCUCCGCCCCAGCCUCGGUCCGCGCCUCCUGCGGUGGCUCGGCCGCCCAUCACCCCAUCCGGACCUGCAGGGCCCAUGCCGGUCGCUUCUGCUGGUGGGAUUCCCCUUGGGCCUGGAGCAACCAGUGCUGCACCUCCCCAUGCACCACUGUCAGUGCCACAUGGGGGUGCUGGGAGUGGGGCUGUAGCAGCCACACGCACUCCGCCCCUCCCUGUAACGCCAGUGGGAGCAGGCGCAGGAGCAGCAGCAGGAGCAGGUGCAGCAGCGAUUGCUCCUGGUGCAGGUCAUGCUGGGGGAGGUGCAUCUGCCACUGCUACUACUGCUGUUUCUGCUGCGCCUGGUGGUGGUUCUGCUGUUGCUCCUAGUGCGGCCGGUGCUCCUGGCAGUGCCGGUGCUGGUGCCCCUGCUGCUGGUGCGGCUGCGGCUGGGCCUGCAGCAGCAACGGGAGCAGCGGGAGCAGCAGCGGGUGCGGCAGCUGUGCCGGGUGCGCGGAGCAAGAUGGUGGAGUUCGACCAGGCGAUCAGCUAUGUCAACAAGAUCAAGGCCCGCUUCGCGGACGACGAGUCAGUGUACAAGAGCUUUCUGGAGAUCCUCAACAUGUACCGCAAGGGCAACAACAAUAUCGGAGACGUCUAUAAGGAGGUGGCAACAUUGUUCAAGGACCACUCAGACCUGUUAGAAGAGUUUACCUUCUUCCUGCCCGACUCUGCUGCCAGUCACCUACCCCAGUGGCGCGGGGACUUAAGAUCGUCUCUGGAUGCCCUGUUUUGCCUUGAGAAGAGGGAGAAGGAUGGGGACCACCCAGAGAGGAGGAGGAAGGGGGCGGAGGGGCGGGGCAAGGAGAAAGACGUAGAGGGCCGGGGGAAGGUGAAGGAGGAGGUAGAGGAAGACGCAUCAGCGCACCAUCAGAAGCGGCAGCCUCAGCAGCAUGUGGAUGCUUCUCAUCCCCAUCUGCACCACGGGCACCCAGCAGCGGGUUCAGGUGGGGGAUUGCAGCAGGGUGGGGAGGAGGGCUCUCACAGGAAGCAGCCUCUGCUGCUGGACCUUCAGAAACCCCCGAGGGAGGCAGAGAUGCAGGUGGAGGAGAAACGGGUUGGGCUGGUGCCGCCGCAGCAGCUGCACCCACAGCCGAUGCAGGUGGAUGGGGCUGGGAAGGAGGGGCAUGGGGAGUGGGGGCAGCAGCAGCAGGAGGAGCGGGAGGGAGGGGCGCAUGCAGUGGUGCAGCUGCCUCAGCAGGCGCAGCAGGGGCCGAAGCGGAAGGGGCGGAAAGGGGAGGAGGGGGGGAAGAAGAAGGAAGCGGGGGGAGCGGCGGUGGAGGGUGCAGGAGCGGACGAGAGGAAAGGGAGCAGGGCCCUGGGCAUGCACAGGGAGCUGGCAUUCUUUGAGAGGGUGAAGGCGAGGGUGCGCAGCAGGGAGGUGUAUCAGGAGUUCCUCAAGUGCCUCAACAUCUUCUCCCAGGAGAUCAUCGCCCGCGCCGAGCUGCAGAGCCUCGUGGGGGAUAUUCUCGCCAAGCACCCCGACCUGAUCGAGGGCUUUAACGAGUUUCUGGCUCGAUGCGAGAACCUAGCGGCAGCAGCGGCGGCGGUGGCGGCGGCGGCGGCGGUGGCGGCGGCAGCGGCCAAGUCAGUUGUAGCGAGGAAGGAGCAAGUGCAGUACAAGUCCAUCUGUGAAAUGGAUUUGUCUGCUGCUGAGCGCUGCUCCCCCAGCUACCGCCUCCUCCCAAAACCGCAAAUGCGUCCCGUGUCGUGCCACCGCACGGAGCUGGGAAUGAAGGUGCUGAACGAUGUGUGGGUGUCGGUGACGUCAGGCAGUGAGGACUACUCGUUCACGCACAUGCGCAAGAACCAGUACGAGGAGUCACUCUUCCGCUGCGAGGACGACCGUUUCGAGCUGGACAUGCUGCUGGAGUCCACGGCAGUGACGGCACGGCGAGUGCAGGAGGUGAUUGACCGCAUGCACGGCAUGACCGACGCAGAGAGGAGUGGCUUCCGCGUGGAGGAGAACCUCACAGCCAUCAACAUGCGAUGUAUAGAGCGCAUAUACGGCGAUCACGGGCUGGACAUUCAAGAGUUGGUGAAAAGGACGCCAGCAGUGGCGCUGCCGGUGGUGCUGCAGCGGCUGAAGCAGAAGCAGGAGGAGUGGGUGCGGUGCCGCGUGGAGAUGAACCGCGUGUGGGCGGACGUGUAUGCCAAGAACUACGCCAAGUCGCUGGACCACCGCAGCUUCUACUUCAAGCAGCAGGACAAGAAGAGCCUCAGCAUGAAAGGUCUGCUGUCUGAAAUCCGGGAGCUGAACGAGCAAAAGCACAAGCAGGACGAGGUGGUGGCAGCACUAGCUGUUCCCACACGCCGCCCGCUCAUCCCGGACGUGCUGAUGGCAUACAACGACUCUGCCAUCCACGAAGAUCUCCACGAGAUCAUAAAAUUCUCUACAGAGGAAGUGUGCAACUCGCCUGAGCAGUCUGCGAGGGUUAUGAAGCUCUGGACGGGAUUUAUUGAAAUGUUUUUGAAUGUGCCCGCGGUCUGGGGGAAAGUUGUCGCGGAGGAAAAAGCUGCCCGGGACGCGGAGAUUGCUGCCCGAGAAGCUGCGAGGGCUGCCCGGGGAGGGCGUGAGGGGGAGGGGAAUGGAGAGGCUGGUGGGGGAGAGGGAGAGGGGGAGGGAAGGGAGAGGGGUAGAGAGAAGGGGAGAGGAGGAGAGGAGAGGAAGCGGGAGAGGCAAGGGGGGGAGGCAGAGGGGCAGAGGAAGAGAGGGAGACAUGAGAGUGAGGGUGAUGGGGCCGGUGGUGCUAGUGAGGGGCAGAGAUCAGGGGGUAGGGAGGCAGGGUGGGAUGGGCUGGAAGAAGGCGAAUUUAAUCCUGGGGGAAAGGCGUCAGAGGCAGCAGGAGGGGGAGGGGGUGAGGAAGAGGAGCCGCAUGUGGUGAGGAAGAGCAGGAGCAGCUUGGUGCAUGUGGGGGGAGGGGGCGGGGGCGGGAAUGGGGGGGGAGCAGGGCAGGGAAUGGUGAAUGGGGCGGCGCCGGGGGGAGCAGGUGGGGGAGGGGCAGUGGGGAAGGGCAAGGAUGCAAGCUCACGCGCUGCUGCUGCUGCUGCAGCGGCUGCGUCGGCUGCGGCGGCGGCUGCGGCGAAGAGGAGGAAGAGGGGGAGGAGAGAUAGGGAGGAGGGGGAGGACGAGAGUGUGAGGUCUGAGGGAUCUAGUGCAGGGGAGUCUGAUAGUGGGGGCGAUGAGAGGAGGAGGCAGAGGAGGAGGAGGAGGGAGAGUGAGGGGCGUGAGGACGAGGAGGGGAGAGGAGAGGAGGAGGAAGAGGAGGAGGAUGCAGAGGACAGGGAAAGCGGGGGCGAGGUGGGGGAGGAGGGUGGGGCAGGUGACGAGGAGGAGGAGGAUGAAGAGGAGGAGGAGGGGGCGAGGGGGUGGAUAUCAGGGCUGGGACCCAAGGAGAGGCGGCACAGAGGGGGGAAGAAGUGGGGGAAGCACUGGUACAAGGCGUGUCGCCCUGUGGUGGCCCAUAGAGAUUCGUUUGAAGCAGCUCGGUUGGGAUCUGGUGGUAUACCACCAAACAGUGGUAUAGCAGCUGGUGUGCCUCUGCUGCUCCCUGCUGCUGCAGGAGAGGGUGCGGAGGCGGGGGCGAGCAGAGUGAUGUAUGGCAACGACAGCAUGUACAUGCUCUUCAGGUUGCACCAUACGCUGUACCAGCGCAUUCUGAGUGCCAAGGUGAACGCGCGUGCAUCAGAGGAGAAGUACCGAGCACUCAACCACUCCGACCCGCCGGACCUCUACGCCAAGUUCCUGGAGGUGCUAUACAACCUGCUGGACGGGCAGAUCGACAACACACGGUUUGAGGACGAGUGCCGUGCUGCCAUCGGCACCCAGUCCUACGUGCUAUUCACCAUUGACAAGCUCAUCUACCGCCUCGUCAAGCAGCUGCAGGCGUGUGCAGGGGACGAGGUGGGGGCGAAGCUGCAGCAGCUGCACGGCUACGAGGUGGCCAAGGGGGCGCGCGGCUACGUGGACCUGGUCUAUCAGGCCAACGCGUGUGCGCUCAUGCACGACGACUCGCUCUACAGGAUCGAGCUGCUAGCCCAACAACCGGGCGAGGGCGAGAUGACGGUGCAGCUGAUGGAAGGGGGACCGGAGAAGGUGGAGGUGCCGGCAGCAGCCAUGGAGUCUGCCUUCCUGCACUACCUCUGGCACUUCCUGCACUCGCCUCCUUCCCACUCGCCCGCACGUGGUCAUGUGUUCCUUGCCAGGAACGUGAGAAAGGCAUCAUCAUCCUCAUCAGCAGCAGCAGCAGCAGCAGCAGCAGCGGGGAAGAGGGGGCGCAGCAAGGACGACGAGGAAAGGGCUGCCCUGGAGAGUGUGCUUAUAGUGAAUGGCCUCGAGUGCAAGCUCUCUUGUGUCACCUCCAAGGUGUCCUAUGUGCUAGACACAGAAGACUAUCUGUUUCGCCACAAGAAGCACCACCGACCCAGGAGUGCGUCCCAGGCACCUGCGCUGCCGCACAAGGCCCAGGGGACAGCUGGCACACAGGGAUUGGCCGAGCGCUCUCACCGAGCAGCCAGGCGGUUACGGCGUUACCAGCAGUGGAUUUCGGCAGGAGUGCCCCCACCCUCCGCCUCGCCUCUGCUGAAGCACGGAGCUGCUGCGAAGCACCCCCUCCGUCUCGCCUCACUCCUCUCCCCCCCGGUUCCCGCGCCCCCUCGCGUCCCCUCGUGCGCGCCAAUGGCGGCGGCGGCGGCGUCCGCGGCGCUGGGCGACCUGCUGCUGCUGCAGGGGCAGGCGAAGCGCGACCCGGAGGGGUACCGCGAGGAGUUCGAGCGGCAGCACCGCCACUACCGCGCGUUGCUGGCCGUGUUCUCGUUAAAGCCCCACGCGGAGAGCAAGGAGUUCGGCGACCUCGUCAUGUUCCUCGCGCAGGUGGGCUUUAAGCUUCUGCUUCGCGCGGCGUCAACGCCGCUGCCCCGCGCCGCUGGCCGUGUUGCUGUUGGAGCCGCAUACUCGCGCCCUUCUACCGCAGCGCCACGGGGGGUUCCCGGGGGAGGUGAUGGGGCUGCUGCAGUCCCACGUGGGCGUGGGCGAGGUGAUGGGGCUGCUGCAGUCCCACGUGGACGUGCUUCACCCAAUGCUGCGCCGCCAGCUGGCGCACGCGCUCAUCCUCCUGCGCAACCGCCAGCUAUUGGGUCCCACGGACCUCAUCCCUCACUUCUUCUGUUCUUCCUCUGCCUCUCUCUGAAAACCCCCUUCUUCCUGCCCGUGCACUACCUUCUCCCCCCCCCUUCCAUCCCACCCCAGCUGCUGGGUCCCACGGACCUCAUUCCGCACUUCUUCCGCCUCUUCCGCUGCCCCGACAAGGCCCUUCGCAAGCUGGUGUUCUCCCACAUCGUGAACGAUAUCAGGCGCCUCAACCAGAAGCACCGCCACGAGGGGGUGAACCGGCCCAUCCAGAACAUGCUCUUCUCCCUCGUCCAGGAGGAGAACGAGAUGGCAGCCAAGAAGUCCCUGGCAGUGCUCAUCGAGCUAUACAGGCGCAAGGUGUGGACCGAUGCCCGCACUGUGAAUGUGAUUGCGACAGCCUGCCUGCACCCGUGCACGCGCAUCAUGGUGGGCGCUCUCAAGUUCUUCCUGGGGGCGGACCGGCAGGGCGAGGGGGAGGAUGGGAGCAGUGAUGAGGAGGAGGACGAGGAUGAGAAGAAGAACCGGAGUAAAGAGAACUCUGCUCUCGCUCUCGACAGGAAGACUGUUUACACGGCAUACCACAAGGGAACGCCAGCCAGCAAGCGCAAGAAGCAGGCGAAGCUGAAGCGAGUCAUGAAGGGGCUGCGGAAGCAGCAGCGUGCCGUGAUGGGCGGAGGGGGGGAGGGCACAGGGGAGGGCGAAGGGAACAUGCACUUCGCUGCGCUGCACUUGCUGCACGACCCUCAGAUGGAAGCUCUUCAGCCGCGUGUCCAAGUGCAACAAGAAGCUGAUAGUGCCGUAUUCUUGUUCACCCUGCUUUCCAUGUCCUCUCUGCAGGGAUUUGCAGAGAAGGUCUUCAGCCGUGUGUCCAAGUGCAACGAGAAGUUUGAGGUGAAGCUGCUAAUGCUGAACGUGGUGUCACGGGUCAUAGGCACACACCGAUUGCUCCUCCUUAACUUCUACCCCUUCCUGCAGCGAUACCUCAUGCCGCACCAGAGGGACGUGACGCACCUCCUUGCCAUCGCCGUGCAAGCCUGUCACGACCUGGUGAGUGAGUCGCGAUGUGGGAAGUCCAUCACGAUUCAACCUGCCUGGCGGGUGCCCCCAGACGCAGUGGAGAGCAUGGUGAAGCAGAUUGUGAACCUCUUUGUUCACGAUCGAGCAAGGCCAGAGGUCAUAGCAGUGGGGCUCAACGCCGUGAGGGAGGUGUGUGCGCGCAUGCCCCUGGUGAUGGGCGAGGAGUUGUUGCAAGACCUGGCCAUGUACAAGAAAGCACGGGAGAAGGCCGUUGCUGCUGCUGCAAGAUCGAUUAUCUCACUGUUCCGAGAGGUUAACCCAACGCUGCUGCAGCGGAAAGACCGGGGCAAGCCGGAAAAGGCAGGAGAAGCUGUGCAGCCAGUUGCGUUUGGCCACGUGGCAGUGUCUGACCACGUGCCUGGGAUUGAACUGCUGGGAAUUCCGGAGGAGGAGGGCGAUGGGGAGGAGGAGGGGAGUGAGGAGGGGAGUGAGGGGGAGAGUGAGGAGGAAGGGGAGGGGAGUGAGGAGGAGGUGGAGGAGGGAGAGGAGGGCGAGGAGGUGGAAGGGGAUAGUGAUGAGGAGGGAAGUUCAGGUAGUGAGGAGGUGGAGAGUGAGGGAGAGGAUGAAGAGGAGGAGGAAGAGGAGGAGGAAGAGGAAGAGGAGGGGGAGAUGGGGCAGCAAAAUAGGGCACUGAUUUCCAGAAAAAGAAAGGCAGAGGGAGAGGGACCGGUGAAAGUGGAAGGUGCGAGUCUGAGGCAGCUGAAACGACUGGCAGCACAAGGGGAGGGGAAGGCCGGAGAGGAAGGCGGGGGAGAGAAAGCAGGGGAAAAGGCGGAAGGGGAUGGGGAAGAGGAGGAAAAGGAUGGGUUUCUGUCAACAGAGGAUUUCAGGAAGAUCAGGAGGAUGCAGGCGAGGCAGGCUGCAGAGUCGAUGCUGAGACGCAAGGGCAUGAAGAAGGCGGCUAAUGCGCUCGCUCACUCGCAUCAAGCGCGCUCGCAGUCGCUCAGUGACCGCCGAGUUGACCCUUCAGAUCUGGAGGUGAGUCGUGCUGCUGCUGACUUGAGUGAGGGCAGUAGAGGCGAUGCUGAGGUGCACAUAAAGGCUCGGAGGGACAAGGAGGAGCGCAUGGCAGCAGUGCUGGCGGGCAGAGAGGACCGCAGCUUCUUUGCCAAGUCGAAGCUUAAGCAGCAGAAGGUGGGUGGAACAUCCAACAGGGAGAAGGAGAAGCGCAAGGCAGCGCCGAUGGCAGCACAGCGAAUGAAGCUCAAGAGGCGCACGCAGGGCAAGCGGCGCAACAAGGGGAAGAACUUCCAGGGAAAGAAGGCCUGGAAGACGCCGGCGCUACCACAGCUGCAGCAGCAGCCCGCGUUUGAAGCUCCCGCCGACAGCGCUCCGCUCGAGCGCGUGUGCGGCUCGCCAGCUGUCGACGGCUACGCGCACGUGAACGCCACGUGCCUCGAGGCAUCGCCUACGAAUCGCCUGUGGUGGUCCAUGCAUCCCCAGGUGAGUCCCCUCUCUGCCUCAGGGAGGGAGGAGCGGGGAGAGGCUGGAGUGACCCACACCCAAGCGGCCCCUUCCCUCCCUCCCUACAACAACGGGGACCACGAACCGGACCCACAAGCUGGGGAUCCCUUUGCGCGCCUCCCCUGCAACGUCUGG